GGCGGGGGUCACGUCGGGGGUCUCGACCGAAGCUUUCCUGCUCCUUCUGGUUUGUUCUGCUGUUUGGCGCCGGAGGUUUGGUGCUCUUCAUCCACCUACAGGAUCUAUCAGACAUGGUGCUGCAGCAGGGACCAGAGGAAGGAGAAAUGGACUAGGUUAAGUCACGUGUUACAAAUCAGGUCAGACAGGAAACUCUACGGACUACGAGCCACCAGCCCCCAAAUACUUUCCACACUCCCAAAUGACUCCCUGCUCCAAUCUAAUGCCCACCGAAUGAGUUUCCACAUGACCGCCUGCAAAUAGGAAAUUGUAAUAUUAACCUCACAUGGCGUGGAAGAAUGAAUAAUCAAUUAGUCACACGGUAAAUUGGAUGGUGAGCUGGGAGUGGAGAGGAGGAAACGGGUGGUUGAUGAUGUUCAUCGACUGAAGAAUUCGAAUGAAGAAUGAAGAAGACUGGUGUUUAACAUGUCUUUGAAAGUAAACUAUGUUAAAGACAAAUGCUGAGUAAAAUUUUACAAAAUUUCUUCAGGCUUUGAUGGAGCUUUUCAAUGUUUAGGGACUGGUUCAGAGCUGGCAGAUGUACAGCGAAGAUUAAUUUCAAGAGAUGAGCAAAAUUUCCAUUAUUAAAAGAAUUAAAAAGCAUGAAAUGAAAAAGAUGAGUGUGAGUUAUCUGUGGAAGACUUUCAAGCAGAUGUCUGUCACUAUGUGCCUUAUUAAUUAGUGAGUUUGGGCAGGGAACCGUCCCCAUGAAUUAGCAGAAAUGGCACCAAGAAAGAGGUAGAAACUCUUCUGAUCUUCAAUUAGAUGUUAAAUAGAGAAGAUAUUAGAAUUAAAAUUUACAUCGUGAAUUUAUAUAUUCCUGUAAACCUGCUUUGUGACAAUGUCCAUUGUUAAAAGCGCUAUACAAAUAAAAUUGAAUUGAAUUAGAAUACUGAAGAACAGACAGAAACCUCUCCUUUCUCUAUCUCUAUCUUCUCUUUAUCUUUUUUCUGUCUGUCCUAUUUAACUCCCUUUAUCUCUGAAUCACACUGAAGUUUAUUUUGACAGUAAUUCCUAAACACAGUAUUAUUCAUCAGGCUUUUUUUUUUUCAGCCUGGCUCAUCAUCUCGCUCGUCAUUCGGUUCAGUAGAGUGAAGUGAGACUUAACUGUCAUGAAUAAAACAAAAGGGCCAGUAAACAUCAGCUCUCUCUGCUUAGCAGAAUGAAAAACUGGAGAUCAGAAUGAAACGGUGCUCUCAGAAAGCAGGCUGGUGGAGAUGGUUUAGAGUUUGAGUGCACUUCUAAAAACUAUAUGUCUUGAAAGCAAACCUUGCUUCUGAUCCCUCUGAAUGAUGAAACACAACAGCAGCAGCACUGCGUCUCCAGUGAGCACUUUACACGCUAUGCUACAUUCUCCCUGAAAAACACUCAAGCAUUCACCUCUGCCCUCCAUCCAAGAACUCUCAGUUUAAACAGGUUUUCUUGUAUGCGGAGAAAUGCCAAUCAGCCAUAUAUUCCCAUGCAUGUUCAUGAGACAACGGAUUUACAUUGAGCCUUGCCCACAAAACUCAGAGAGUCAAAACGCAAAGGCAAAGCUCAAAGAGAGUGUGUAUUCUGCUCGAUAAAUGAAGCCCAAUGUGAGGGCACUGGCCAAUAUUAACACAGAGUCCUCACAUUCACCAAGGGCAUUAAGAAGGACAGACGAGCAUCCCACUGUCUAAUCAUAUUCUUGCACAAAUACAUAUACCACACACACGCACACACAAACACACACACUGUGUAACCAACACUAAUGGAGCUUUCUGGACACAUCUCACUGUGUUACACAAAGAUAAAGAUUCUGAGAGUGUAAAUGAUGGUGAUAUGAUGGAAAGGGAGCAACAUGGACAGGUGCACAAGGUUGUGCCAGUCGACCCUGCUAAUGGCUACCUCUUGGAGACGACUGCAGACAGGAAAUUAAAUUCCUGACAAGACAAGAUUGAGUGCAGAAAACCAGUGAAAAGGAAGAAAAAAGUUUUUAGGGAGCUGGUGGUGGAGACGAUGUUAAAAUUUUUAAAAAGGAAGGAACACCUGUGGACACACUGCUGCGCUCCAUCUGCUUGGUUGGUUUUUAUCUUUUUAUUUUUUAAUGAACUCUGCUGGUUUCCGUGCUGCCUUGCUGCAAUUUGCAUGGAAUACAGGACUGUUGAUGGCGUAGGGUUCAAACCCAGCCAAGGACACACUGUGCAGUGACGAACUCUGUCUGUUGCAUCUUAGCUCCGUCAUUUCUCCGUGUGUGUUUUUAGCCUGAUCGUUCAGGAUUAAAAAACAGAGUGGGGGUCAUGAGGCAGGGCAUAUGGUGUAGUUUCUCACAGCAGCUUCAGCAGUGAUGCCAAAUAAACAAACCAACGCCAAAAUGUCCUCAGAGAAGUGUGCUAGAAUAACAAGCUCUGGGUUUUAACGCACUGAUGCCAAACACAUGAAUCCUUCACAAAUCAGCAUCACAGAAGAUUGUGAUGUUCCACUUGUUCCACAGCUGUGCCUCAAUCUUUCCUACCACGUCCUCAGACAUCACCAUCAUCAGAUCAGAUUUGUUCCUUCGAAUCUGAGCUUUGGACAGGACUGUGUGAUUAGCUUAAGCUUGGAAGAGUUCUGCAUGAGAUUUGGUGUAGUUGAAUGAGAUACUUUUUAAUGAUGAACCCUGCUGAGAUGAUGUUAGAUAACCCAUCAGUUUCUUGAUAUGCUGUUAUCCAGCUCAUGUCCAAGCAGGCAAAACGAUCCUGGCAGGAAAAAUCUGGUUUAUCGAAGCUUCACAGCGUGACUUCUUAUUUUUUUUUGUAGAGUAGCGUUGUGCUCCCUGUGCAUUAAAGAAACUUUUAGCGUCAAUGAACAUUGACUCUUCUGACCUUCCCUUCAUAGGGACAGUUGACAAGUGACGGAGUGCUUAUAUCGAACCAACAAACAGUUCAUCAUUUAACAGUGGAGGAGCAGGACAGCACUGUUUCAACACAGUGGACUUAACAGAUAUAAAUCUGAGGCCACAUACAAUCUCAUCUCAGUGAAAACUCAGUCACUGUCAAGUUCAGCUGAGGAGCCAAAAAGUGAGAGGUUUUAAAUUAGAGGGCAGUUUUUAGGUUAUUAGUUUACUGACACGGGGCUGAAAUGAAUGUUCCUACAGCAACCAGACACUAUUUUAUGGUUCAAUAUGCCAAGGGUAAGAACAAUAUUGCUUUUUAAAUCACUUUCAGAUACUCAAUGAGCUGGAAAGCAAUCAGCAAUAAUCUGGUCACUACUGAACUAAUGAGCACACAACAGAACAAUUCAAAAUUCUGGAGCUAAUUAUUGGAGUUUCAUCAAAACUUUUUUCGUGGAAAGAUUCAUGGAACUACAAUAACAGCUGCUGCUUAAGUACUAGUUGGACGGCAUGUCUGGACAUAAGCAAUGUGUAGACAUGUAGUAAUUGUGAUCGAUUAACAUGGAAUAAGUGACCUCUGUAUAAGUCACAGAGAUGGACGUGUCUUAAUGAUGUACGCAAGUUAAUCACACCAGAAAUUCUAUGCGUACUACACACACCUCAUUAACAAAAAGCAGAUUGAUUUGACCUUUAUUAUAAGGGCUUGUUGCAGGGGGCGUGGCCACUCAAGUUACGCUUGAUCAUUACUAUGAACCUAUCAUGUCUGUAUGCGAUUCCUGUGCUAGGAACUAGAACUUCUCUGACAUGUCCCAUUUCAAACUCAGCAUUUUAAAACUCAUUUUAAACUCAGCAUUUUAAACUCAGUACGUUUUAUAAUUUUGAAAAGCUCAAGCGAUUUCUGGAGUGACUUUAUACUGAAUAAAAAGUGCAAACCCACUUUUCCCACAGGAUAUAACUUGGGGGUUAUUUCUACUGCGUAUUUUAUAGAAGGAAAAAUACGGAGUAAUCAUGUUGAAAAAUGACAGAUUUGGACAGGACUAAAAUACCAGAGAUACUGCAGUAAUGAUUACAUAACCCCACCUCUGUGUAAACGUUAUGCAGUCUGAAUAGGGCUUAUAGUGAGAAAUUUCACCAUUUGGAGCACAUUCAGUUGAAAUUUAGUUCAACAAAGCUAAGCCUGUUGUGUCUGCUGGAAGUUUUGUGAUUUUUGUCAGUCUGUUGGACUUUAAAGGUAAUCAGGGUGGGAAUAAAGCCCUGCUUGUGUUCUUUCAUUUGUUAGUGAGUGUCAGGAGCAGCAUUUGCCAUGCAGUGAGACAGCAAAACGUUUCUCUAGGCACGUAGAUUGAUAUAAACUCUGCUCCGAUUAUUAAAUGUUAAGGAGAUUAAAACAGUGCCGCAGGUGGAGAAGAGGUGGAGAGGCUGCGAGAAAUUGUAAUAACAAUAAAAUAUCACCUUGGACAUUUAUAAUAAAGGCAGAAGAGAGACAGAGAGAGUGUGUGUGUGUGUGUGUGUGUGUGUGUUGGCUGUUGCUCUACUCAUAUAUUUGGUCAUGUUGACAGUGUGAUGAGUGCUCUCUCUUUCUCUUCAUUAGUAAGACGCUGAUUUGUCUCAGUUCUCUGCCGCCUAGAAAUAUUGCGAGCAAUGAAUGCCACGAGUGCCGUGCAAUUCAUUUCAUUUCACCAGCGAGCUGCGACUCUUCAUAAAUAAAAGAGGCCAAUAAAUAAAGCUGUGAAAAUGAUGAGAAUAUCAGUUGACGUGUGCAUAAUAGCACAUGAGUUGUUCGAGUACGAGUAUGUAAUAAAACACUAGUGCUUCAUUUACAUAUCUAUAGAUCUAAAGCUUUUGGUUUUUUUUGCAUUAAUUAUUGUAAGUCAGUGUCACAAAAGUGUAUCGGGUUCAAGGUAGCGGUAGAAGGAGCGAUUGAGAACAAUAGACCAAUUGUACAUUUUUACUUUUAACUACAAAUUUAAUAUACUGUUUAAGGUUUUCAUUUGACUCACCCUCAUGUAAUGUGCAUCUACCACUAUCUCUCUCUCCAGUGAAUAACUGACUCAUGAAUACUGUUCUUUUCAGAGAAAGAAUGCUGAUAUAAUAUCAUAUAUUUAUAACUGAAUUCAAUACUAUGGAAAAGAGAAAGUCGGUUCCCAGAACAGCCAAAACCAUCACACAGAAUGGCUCAGUAACAGAAAGAAAAAAAACAUUAUAAGCUUUACAGAGCAAAAGGUGCCUCAUUUUCAACCCACGGAUGCUGAAGCUUGUUGAAAUUCAUCAACUAAUAACAAGUUUCAUAAGAAGAGCUCUCUUACAUGCAGUCACAGAUCAUCAACCUCAAAAUCCCCUGAUAUGGCCGAUCCUGCAACUCUACUAAAUCGCUACUACAGUGAUUAUGUUUGGUUGUAGCUUUACGUGACAAUGAGCAUUUAUUUACUGCUCAUAUCUCUGGAUCUGCACAUGAAGGAGCUUUUAGGCUCUUUAAGUCCAUCCUGAUUCAGUCUGUCUUAGAUCAGGGAUUCUCAUAUUUUUAGAAGCUGGGCGCCUUGAGCUGGAAAACAAUACAUGAACCCCCUCAAUACAUAUCUAUUUUAUGAACAUAAUUCAACUAUUUAUAUGUUAAACUUGCUAUUUAAAUGCAUAUGAUCACAUCUGAUCUAUUUACCUAGAUAAGCCAUUAAGCUUUUUAUUCCUAAACCUUCCACUCACACAACACAUUUUUAUUAAAAUUGUCAUUGAUUCAAGUUUAUAUGCCUACUUGUUUUUAAGUUGUGUACUUACUUAGUUUGGAUUAGACCCUCUCAAUUUAAGUGACACAGAAAGAAACUCAAUUUAAGUGACACAGAAAGACAUUUUCAGAGACUGAAGAGGAAAAUCAUGUGCUGACCCUAAAAAUAACCAGAGAAAUACAGAAAGCGCUGCUUUCCUCAUUAGAUUCCUGUUUGAAUUUCUAUUAAUUUGACUCAUAUGGUCUGGUGGCAACAAUGAAAAUCUUUGCCAUCUGUUGUUGAAUAAAAUAAUUCUCUCCAGAUAAAAAGGGUAAACAUGAUGCUUUUCAGUCAGUGGCAAUUUCACGCGCUUUUGCUUUUUGUAAUCUAAUUCAGCAUAAACUAAUGAUUUAUUUGAAAGCUCAGAUAAAAAGGGUUUAGAGGAUAAACAGCACACAAGAAAAUAUUUUUUUUUAAAAAACUGCGGAAAUCACAAACAACAGUUCAAUACAUUUCAGUCAUAAACACACUUCAUCAUCACUGAGGCUUUUAACUUCACAGCUUUUUUAAAGUGUGAAUUACAAACACAAAUCAGUGUGUAUGACUUUGUUUCUUUCUCUUUUUCUGCACCACUGUAACAUUUUAGCGCCGUCUGUUCGGAAAUGUUUAAAGUUGUAAUUAUCCAGCACUCCCUCACAAACAACAACAGUGUGUAUCAGUAGUCUGGUCUUUCCUGUUUCACAAACCUGCUGCACUCACUGGCCUCGUAAACAAGAGAAUUGUCAAGAGAGAAAAGGACAGAGAAGAGAAUUUAUGAAGAAGAAUGAAAUAUUUCCAGAAGUCUCUGUACUGAUUUUCUCAUCCGUGCUACUAAUUUAUCCAAGGGUUUGACGUGUUUAUGGAUGUCGGCACUACGAGUAUUUGAAGCGCCUUUUGUGUUGACAUGAAAGCGACUGGUUGUGUUUUUUCGCUCGUGACAUUUGCGUCCCGGCCGCACAAAGCACCGUCCUUCAGAAGCCGUUUCAGGGGGAGAGUGGAGGCUGUUCAGUUGGCUCAAAUGUCACACAAACCCAAUGGUAUAAAAGUGCUAACAUUAGCCCAGCCUUGAGGGGAGGCUUUUUACAUCCUUCAGCAUUGUACAACUAAAAACCUGCUUCUGAGCAUUACAGUGGGAGAUGGACAGGGCAAACAAACCCCUUUCACACGCAAACCAUUUUCUAACACUGAUGAUUAGAUCUGCAUUUUAAAACAAAUGUCAUGCACAAUUAUCUUGAGAUUUCUAAACUAAUUAGAGUAAUAUGCAACGAAUAUCACACAACUAAAAAUAAUCCACACUGGAAUGGUGUGAUGUGGCCUGACUCAAAGUGGAUUAUUUUCCUAUAACAGCAUGGCCCAAAGUGUGUUACUAUCUGUGUAUUCAAGUACCACAUCAAUUUGAUUACAAUGAUUACAAUUUUUAAUUUAAUGAACGAAAUGAACAAUGACCAGAUUAAUGAACAGAAUGCACAAAAUGUUGCACUUUUAACAGUUUAUAAUUACAUUUACUGUUGUAGAAUAUCCACGAGACAAGUUAGUUCCUUAUAUCACUUAUGUUAUAACAGCUGUAAACAGUCUUUCUCUCACUAGUCUCUUUUCUCUCUUGAAGAUAAUAAGACAAAAAAAUGUAGUUUGAUAUGUCAUGGAGAAAAAGUGUAAACUCAUCUGCAGUGGCAGCACUGUUACAAAACACUGACACUGGAGACUCCUUCCAUAAAUGUUACAAAAACAUCUCCUAACAGAAAACUUCACCAUCUCAAUGAUUAUAUAGCACUAUUAAAAAAAAAUUAUUAUUAGGCAUAGAUUACAUAACAUCCACCAUACAAUUCUCUGUGAAUGCAUUGUUACUAUAGAAACAAUGACAUAUUAGACCAAAUGCAUUAUUUGUCACCUAUCAUUUAUGUCACAGCCAGAACUACUGUCAGAGCUGUUACUAUAGAAAAUCAAUCAACACCUUCUGAGAAUUCAGCUGUGCUGUAGUAUAAUAAUCAUUAUUCUUUAUUCAAUAAGCUCUUCUCAACACUUACGUGUACCAUCUGUUAGCAUGGGGCUACAAAAUGAUUUACCACCUGACAGGAGUAACGGACGAGACAUGGCACCACUAACGUUCAAUUUUUGAACACCAGCCAUGUUCAGUUUUUCAUCAUAAAGCAUACAGUUUCCUUCAGCAACUAUAGUAACGCAAAUAGCCACUGUGUAGUUCUGAGAAUGAGGAAUGUAGGUCUGAUGCUGCUUAAAGACAAGAAGCAGUUUCAGUGACAUUAUAUUCCUGGUUAAAUAAUGCUACAUCUACAACUGCAAUGACAGUCAUUAUGUCCGACACACACACACACACACACACCUUGCUACACAUGUAGUAAAACACUGACUGAUAGCUUUCAUAUUUUUACAGCAUCAGUGUUAAAGAUGCGUGAGGGGAUUAGACACCACUUUGGGCUUUUAUACCAGAGUAAUAACCGCAUCACACUCAAUUCUAUAUACCAGCUGCACAGAGUCACCACAGUGUCAGUCAUCUGAGUGACAGUCUCUGACCCUCCCUGAAUAAACCUGUGAGUGUGAGUGUGUUUUCUUUCUCAGUUCAUUGUGAAUGAUGGAAGCUGAGCCUCUGAGUCACAUAAUUACAACUGACUCGCACUUGCUGCUUAUACCGCUCUCAUUGUAUGUGGUACAACAUGUCAGAUCUGUCACUGUAAUCAUGCUGUACCUUGAGAUGCUGCUUAGAGGAAGUGCUCAUUAAGUGGGCGGGGUCUCAUUCUGCAGCACUCUAACAGGAUACAGUAAAUGCAGAAACUCCUGUAAUUUCCCAGAAUUCCACUCACUAUAACGACGCGGAGGGGAAAUGUUGAUGUUUGAAGUUUGUUUGUGGAUCACUGGCACUAUUCACUCAUGAUGUGUAUUGUUGCAUUACACAUAAUUGUUAUAGUUUAACUGAGGUGUGCAGAGUUUGCAUAUAAUGUAGAACUAGAUGUGAAUGUAGCACUAGGAACACAGUGGGCUGCUUAACAGUACACUAGAACAGGACAACUUCAAUCACAUGUUAAAAUACAGAUGGUCAAAAGACACAAACUACAGAGAAAGAACAAGCAACAGGUGACCACAGCCAGGGAAAGAACCAAUCAGCAAAAAACAAAUAAAGAAGCUGGAAGUCAAAGUCAGUGUACAGAGCUUGAACAGUCAAAGGGGUCAGAAUCAGGAUGGAUGUAACAGAAUGGCACACUUCUUGUGUACAGAUCCUACUCUCUAUUGCACUGAUGCCUUCUGGGAACUGACUACAGCAACACUCGGGCAAAAAAUGGCUAAAAUGAACUUUUUUUUCUAGGUCUAGCACUGGAAAUCAAAUGUUGGUGUUCCCCAAACUUAAAAAUACUGUAAUAUCUUCAAGGCAAGAUGGCAGGAAAACACAAAGUAAAUAUGGAUAGCAAGUGCAAGAAGUCUGAGAGGAGAUGAGAUAGAAAAAAAAGAGGGAGCAGCUGGAAGGCAGAACGUAUGUGUGUGUGUGAGAGAGUGAGAGAGAGAGGGAGAGAGAGAGAGAGAGAGAGAGAGAGAGAGAUGUGUAGAGGAGAAAGACAGGGAGGCAACUGAAAGACAGAGAGAUAAGAACUUGAAAGUUUAAGUAGGUAACUGUGGGUCUAUGACUAAAUGGUGGGCCACCAGGAUGGUUUUCUUCAGAGCUAAUGGAUACUUUCCACAUGCUAAUUUCCUUGCUGAGUAUAAAUAAGGAAGUCUUUACUUGUGACCGCAACCUCUCGUGAGUAGCCCUUACAUCACGUUUGUUCUCUGGCCAUUCUCACCAGUCCAAGCGACCAAGGUGUCCUGAUGAUCCUGAAACACCAGGGUGCUUUCCUUCAAAACUAGUGGACAGCAAAGUCGUGUGUACGAGUGCUGCAAAAAUGGACAGCACUCAUAAACAGUUAUCAGUUAAUAGUUAAACUGAUAACCAUUCUUUAUUUGUGAUAUUAUUGAAGAUUUGCUCAAAUUACUCUAAAUUACUCUGUAUUAGGAAUCAGAAUAGGUAGCAGGUAUACAGGGCUUGUCAGUAACAUUAGCAACAGGAGGGAACGUUUUUUUUUUUCCUGCCAUGUUGGGGCGAUCAGCAGCCCAGUGUUUGCAUAGUCUGCUGGAUGUGUUGCAGUGUCGUUCAUAGCAAUGGCAGUGGUAGAAAAGCAUAUAGCUGCAGAUCUGGCCAAUCAUGCACCAAUCUUGCCCUGGCCCAAAGCAUCUCAUUGUGAUUUGUCUGUUCAUGAACAGAUCAAAUUCAGCUCUGCAGUAAGCUUUCAAAAGUAGUAGAAUGUCCUGCUUGUGAUUUUGCCAAUCCCUGGGCGUAGUAUUUCUGCAAGACAUGACAUCCACUAUUUUGUUGUGUCAGGUCAGUACGUGGACAAGUCUUAGAGACUCUUAGAGUUCCAGAGAGACAAGUCUUAGAGUUCCAAGGCUUUCUUGUCCAAUCUCAACAUUGCAUUGCCAUUUUAUGCCCCCAUGGUAGAUGAUAUGAUAUCCUAGGUAUUCCUGAAAAUAUUGCACUACUAACUUAAAACUUUGUAAACGAUACUGAUCCCCUGCAACAUUGAUGUGCAUUGAUGUGCUGAUAACAAGACUUGUUUUCACUCUCAGGUUUUUCCAUAUGCCUCCUGUAGUUGUAAUCUCUCUCUUUGCAGGGGAUACACUUAUAAUUCAAAGGUGCAUCAUUCCCAGUUUCACUACUGGAGUUGCUGCUACUAAAAUCCCAGCUAGAUGUAGUAAGUGUGCAUAUAGGCAAUGUGUGGGCACUUGAAAUUUCGUGACAACAUCCAUAAUUGAGAUGGUUCUGACUUCCAUCAAGAAGGUUCUCAUGGCAUGUGAGUUGAGUCUCAUUCCAAUAUGCUGAACAUUCUGCGAAGGAGAGAAGUUACUCUUUCUGUCAUUGACUUUUAGCCCUUAUGCUUACAUAUGUGAGGUCAGAAGCUUUGUCUUGUUCUUCACCAGCUCCCACACACUUUGUGAACACCCUGUGUGCUAGACCUAACCCCAAAAUAAAGGCCUCUGGACUGGUAUAUUACUCUGCUGUGAAAGCAGGGGGACUGUGUGUUCCACAGCAAAUGGAAUGUGCUGUUUCAUUUUUGCCCUGCAAUUCUGGCCAAAGCAGAUGUGUGAGAGAGAAAACAGUGCAAAAGGAACAAGAGUUUCCUGGAACUGCAACCCCAUGGAGCUGAGAAAUGUUGUCAAGGGGUUGAGUUCAGUGGCAUGACAAGGCAGACGAGGGAGGAACUGUGUGCCCAGCAGGACAGUGACAUUAAAGGUGGUGCUACAGCAGUUCGGUCAAACAGACAGCACAGACCAGAUGAACCAAUUGCUGAUAACUCCGUCUCGCCCAUGCAGUUUCCUGCCUUCGAGUGGAACAAACCAAUUCAAGCUUCUCAUAGGAUCACCAAACGCCACCGGAAACUCCUCAAGACCAGCACGGUGAUCCGCCCUCUCUCUAAUUCUUCUUCCUUCUUCUCCUCCUCAUCCUCCUCCUCGUCAUCAUCGUCACACUCUACAUCUGAGAGCUGGAGGCGUCUCUCCCGUAUCCAAGAGGCUCGUCGUCGCCUAAUCAAGGAAGUGUGUGCCAAAUACCGGAGCAACAUCUCACGAACGAUAACGCCACAUCAUGUGUCCCGCAUCUAUGUAGAAGACAGGCACAAACUGCUCUACUGCGAGGUCCCCAAAGCAGGCUGCUCCAACUGGAAGCGGGUGUUGAUGGUGCUUGCUGGUGUUGCGUCCUCCACACUAGAGAUAAACCAUGACGCCGUCCACUACAGCAACCAUUUAAAAAGGCUGGACAGCUUCGAUCGCCGCGCCAUUGCCGAGCGCCUCCGCUCUUACACCAAGGUGCUGUUUGUCCGCGAGCCGAUGGAGCGUCUCGUCUCAGCCUUCAGGGACAAGUUUGAAAGCCCCAACUCAUACUACCACCCAGUGUUCGGAAAGCCUAUCAUCUCCAAGUACAGGGUGAACGCGUCCAAAUCGGCACUCAGGACAGGAAGCGGUGUCACCUUCCAGGAGUUCAUCCGCUACCUGCUGGACGUCCAUCGUCCCGUGGGCAUGGACAUACACUGGGAGCCGGUGAGCCAGCUCUGCAGCCCAUGCUUGCUUGACUACGAUUUUAUCGGCAAGUUUGAGACUUUGGAGGAGGAAGCCAAUUUCCUGUUGCGCAGGACGGGAGCUCCAAAAAACCUCACAUUCCCCACAUUCAAGGACAGGAACCCUGAAGCUGCCAGGACUUCCACACACAUCACGCGGCACUACUUCACACAGCUCAAUGCCUCAGACAGGCAGAGGGCCUAUGACUUCUACUACAUGGACUAUCUGAUGUUCAACUACUCCAAACCCUUUGAAGACUUGUAUUGACAAAAUCGGUGACACAUUUGGUUGUCGUUGUCUUGGCUGUAAUUGUAAAACUGUCAAAAACUGAGGGUAAAUAAAAGAUACACACAUUUAUAUAUUAUUAACUCAUGCUAACUGCUAAAACUGCUGCUUCAUAGCAUUAACUCUUCAAAUAACACUGAUGGGACUGAAACAGAUCAGUCUGAUCACAUAUUAAACUUCUAUCUUCACUUCAAAAACAUGAAGGAAGUCCAGAAACACACAGAUUCUCCCUUUAUAGAUUGAUUCCCUCUCAACCAUUUCAUCCACUAAAAGUAACAUCCGUCUCUUUAGAGUGAACACUUUCACACUUUCGCUUAAUAUUUUAAAGGAUAAAAGUAACUGUAAUAUUCAGUUUUGUAAAAAGGGCAUUCAGAGGAUUAUAUAUUUUUCUAUGUAUUUGUAUAAGUAUGGCUUUAUGUUUAGCUGUGUGUGUGUGUGUGUGUGUGAGAUAAUUGACCAUGCUGAGUAACAAGAAUUUCACAUUGUAAUGGAUCAUGUAACACAGGGGUGUCAAACUCACAAACCCAUUUUAGGUCACAUUACUGUUAGUCCAGUGUCAAGUGGGUCGGACCAAAAAACACUUUAGUGACCAACAACAUCAACAACUGCACCUAAAUGUGUUCAGCCAACAGUUUGGUUUUACCAUAUACAUACAGUGGCUUGCAUAAGUGUUUGCGAAGUGUGUGUGAAGCAGGUGGCUCAGCAUAGUUUGCAAAUUUAUUACUAAUAAAAAAUGUAAAAAUGUAAAAAAUGUAAUUGCAUAAGUAUUCACCCCCGUUGCUGUGAAUCCCCUCAAUUAGUUCUUUUGGAAAGAGACAUGGAUCAGCAUCUAUUUUCUAGCUUAAAUGAAGAAUUAAAUCUUACUGCUCUGCUUCACUCCCUAGAGGAAUAACUUUUCUUCAAAUAUUUAAAUUCAAUUAUGGUCCUCCAGACGAUUUUAAUUUAAAACACAGAUUUUAUUUGUGGUUGGCUGGAUUAAGACCCAGCCCGUGGGCCGAAUGUUUGACACCCCUGACGUAAGAAACCCUGAAAUCAGGACAUAUUCUGAUUCAGAAAAUCCCAUAUGGUCCCAUAUGGUUUAAAUUCCACAUACUACCGUCUUGAAGUCUCUCUUUAAUUGGUGUUUAAUCUCCACUUCUUCUGUAGAACUCUUUGAAUUGGUAAUCCAAGACCGAAAAAACAAAGAUGUAGUGUUAACUAAAGUGAUGAAACGAUGUAAUAAUACAUGUUAUAACCGUGUAAUAACCCUGUAAUAAACCUGCAGGGUUUUUUUUGUUUGUUUACGCUCAGCAGUAACUGUCCCUGUUUUGUGGUGCCAGCUGAUGUAACUCACAGCUAUUAUAACAGCUGUGUAUAACGAGAUUAAAAUAGUUUCUUAUUGAUGUUAUUUUUUUGAAAAGAAUUAGAGAUAAAGGUAAAGAGAUACAGAGCUUUAUGGCAUAUGGACAUAUAUUAAAAUGGUUAUAUAGAAUAAAAUGAGUAUCAUUACAGAUAUAUAGGUGUAUAAGAAGCACAUAUUGUGAUGCACAGAUGUGUUUUAUAUGCAACGUGUUGAAUCCCAAACAUACUGCUGAAGUGUUUCAGAUGCUGUGGUUGAACUCCAGCAGAACGACAGAUCGCUUCUUUCUCCCCUCUUUCCACUGAACAUCUGUAUGAAAACGAUCGUACAGUGAAAAACAAGUGAAUGUAAAUGUGUUUUCCUGUGCACACAUGUACAGAUCUGUCAUCUGAUGCCCUUUGCCUUAUUUUUACACUGCCAAUGAAGCGGCGUGAAUCAGGAAGACAUUCUUCAGGUGGUGAAGCUUUCUCUCCCUCUCUCUCUCCCUCUCUCUCUCUCUCUCUCUCACUUUAUUUCACUCUCUCUCUCUCUCUUUUGAGUGUCUAUGAAUAAAUAUUUAUGCAUUUAUCUUUUACCCUUGUGGCCUUUUUUUUAAAAAUCUUAUUCACUCUCCCAGUAGUCUAACAAUUUGAAUAAUGCAAUGUGCAAAAAUCAUGGAUGGCUAAACACAGCAAAAUAGCCCACAAAAUUUGACAUGGAAAAUAAUGAUAGGUGUCACCCAUGCACUUGAGACCUGAAAGAAAUUGAAAGAGCUUUUGAGCAAGCGGAGAGUUCAUAUCAUCAUUCCAGCACAGAAACUUCCUUUUAUUAUUUUCUCUUACUUAUAGAUCUUUUAUUUUUCUUAUUUUACUAUUUCAAUCUUUACAGGGUUUGAAGACGAUGAGAGACAGAAGCAAAGAGAGAGAGAGAGACAGAUAGACUGACAGACAGACAGAGAUUUAAGAGACAUUUCCAGCUACGUUCCACUGCACUCAGGUAAUAUCAGGCCAUGCAGGAGGACCAAUUAUUCUGUAGUUGAACGAGAAACCCUUAGACCUUGCGUUUUUUUUUUGUUGUUGUUGUUUGUUUUUUGUUUUAUCUGUUUUAUGAAAUGAGACAAAUAGAUGUAUUUUGGUAACUGAAGUUGAUGAUAUUGUUAAAGUAGUUAAACUGAUUAAAAUGUGACAUCAUGACCCACACACAGAUUGUUUAAAUCCUCCUCAAGGGGUCCAAUCAGGGAACCAGGAAACUGACCACUGCAGCACUCCCUCAACUCUGUACACAGAGAAUCAUGUUUAAUCUG